AUGUCCGCCAACACGGGGUCCUUCGCCGAGUUCUUCGAGCACAUCAUGACGCCGUCUACCCCCGUCAUUCUCAUCGGUGCUGCCAUCGUUCUCCUGUUCCCCAUUCUCCUGCACUUCAUCCUCGUCAAGUCGACCCCGUAUACGACUCUCCCAUCGGUUCUUCUCCUCGGCCCUUCGGGCGCCGGCAAGACUGCUCUGCUCACCCUCUUUGAGCGCGGCGACAGCCCCGCGAUGACGCACACGAGCCAGCGUCCCCAAACCGUGGAGCUCACGGCCUCGCGUGACAGCAAGACCAAACACAGCUUCCGCAACCAGGAGGACACGAGCGGCACCCAUACCAAGUUCCUCCUGGUUGACACUCCGGGCCACGGCAAGCUGCGCAAUUACGCCAUGGCCAAGCUCGCCGGCGGCUCCUCGGACAAGUCGAAGCUCAAGGCCAUCGUUUUCAUGGUCGACGCCGCCGCCAUUAGUGAGAACGAAGUCCUUGCCCCGACCGCCAGCUACCUCUACGAAGUCCUCCUCGGCCUGCAAAAGCGCGCUGCGUCCAGCAAGUCGUCCAAGCCCCCCGCGCCCGUCCCCGUCCUCGUCGCCGCCAACAAGGUUGACCUCUUCACUGCGCUCCCCGGCGCACUCGUCAAGUCAAGUCUCGAGGCGGAGAUCACCCGGAUACGGUCGUCGCGCAGCAAGGGCCUGUUGGAUUCUGGCGUUGGCAUCGACGAUGUUGGCUCCGAGGAGAACGACGAUUGGUUGGGCGCAUACGGCACCGAGAAGUUCACCUUUGACCAGCUGCGCGAGUUUGACGUCGAGGUCGACGUCGCCGCUGGGAACGUCUCUGGAAGCGGUCCUGGUGCGGAUAAGUGGUGGGCAUGGAUUGCCGAGCGGAUAUAA